GCAUCCGUGUUUGCAUAAUUCGGACGAGCACCGGCGAUCGAGUCGAUGUUUGCAUGUUUCCGAUGGUGAUCAGCUCGCCCUUGCACCUUUGGCGCCGAGAUGAAUGGUGAAACCCCCUAGUAGUAUACCGCUUUCUUACAUUGGACUCCUGCAGAAUAUAGCUCGUGUUGCAUCAUUUGACCCUCAAUAAUCCCACCGGCAGGUCAUCAAUCAUGGGACGUCACGGCCUCAAUCUUUCGUAUAGGACGGUACCCCUCUCCGAGAUCACUGCCGAUGAUCUCGCCAUGGACGUCCGGGGGCACGGUCUGUGUAGCUUUCUACCCAUAACUGAUGACCUCGAGCUUUUGCGGCUCAGGCAUCCGGACAAGCUGGGCAGGGAUGGGCCGCUGCAGAAAACUUUCGAUCAAGCCUCAACGGAGGACACGAAUAAAGUUCAGGAGGCCGGCUCGACUUCUAGACGCCAGCUCAGGCUUACCGAUAUGAGAGGGAGUGCAUUCUGGCCUCAGGGAGAGUGGGAUUCAGUCGAUCAUAUCACUAGCUUGGACAAGGAUCGGUUUGAUCCACGAUACAUCCAAAUCGAAGCUGGAGAACAUCUAGGCUAUUUCGAGGGGAUUGUUGAAGAGAUGAAAAGGGAGGGAAGCGGGCUCUACUCCGCAGUUCGACCGUUCCUUGACCCGCUUGGAUCUGGAGUGAAGUCUCCUCUUGUUCCGGAAACCGUGUCACCGCUUCAACCUAAACCACAGCUACCGUUCCGACGUGACGCGGAGUCAACGUUCGCAGCCAAAGCGGACCUCCAAUCCAAGGCGAAAAUACUGUUCGACGCCGUACACGAGAAGUUAUGGUCCGACCACCCCUCAAAAGGAGAGGCUGAUGACGAGACUUUCCGGCCCGUGUUUCUUUCGCUUAACAACAAAUAUAUCAAGUACGACUCGGAGGACCAAGAGGAAGAGCCAUAUGAGAGCCCCCACGUCGAUCCUUCCGGAAGGAUGAUCCUUACGGGUGAAAUUGCGAUGGCAGAAAGCAGACCAGAUUGGCUCCUCGACUCGCUCGACCCCGUCCCACUUGACACGACCGAUAUUCUGUGGAAGCAGUCAGCUGGACACGGGACCACUAAGCUUCAGCCGACCGUGGAUUGUACGACCGGACUCAUCCGGCAGGUCCGGCAAUACCAGAUCUGCGAGAUCGGAAAUCAUGCAAUGAUGGGUGAGCUUCUGAGCUUUACGUUAUGCGGGACUAUCCUUCGGAUUGUCUUCAUCAACACUGAACGUUUCGGUACGUCGAGAGGGUACGACCUUUCAGACCCAGAAGACUGGAUCGAUGUGGUGAAGAUUAUCGCCCUGUUCUGCGGCCCCAUCUCGAACUACUUCCCUUUCUGGACUCCGCAUGAGCUAGAGCAGAUCACAAUGGAGACUCUCGAAGGCGACACGUUAUUAGUCAAACUCGAAGACAUCGAGAUUCUGGACAGACGGUUCGAUCCAUACGGGAGACGGACCACAGUCUGGUCUGGAAAAGUUAAGAAUAUCAAGCAGCUAGACAGAAAUGGGAAAGAAAAAGAGGUCGAUCCCCGCUACGUGCCCACCGAAGACGAGGUAUUCGUCAUCAAAGCGUCUUGGCUUCUCAGCUACCUAGCUGAGCACGAGAAAAACGUCUAUAGACACAUCGAAGAGCAGGACAAGAAGGAGGGACGCGACCGAGAUCCUGAGGUGUCGAUUCCAGUGUAUAUCGGCACUGUCACAACUUCGGAGAAGGCGGCCGAGACGCUAGGCAAUCCCGACCUGGCGAACUGGAAGACGAGGGAUUUCCCGGUCAACCCUACUCAACCUGAGAGCUCUAAAGAGCACGCCUGCCUUAGCAUCUUCGCAACGAAGUGUUUCAAAGCCAUGACGAUUCUCGGCGCGACCAUCUCCAUGGUCAAGCUCAUCACCGUCUACCGCAAACUCUUCAAAACCUUGAAGUAUCUGGCCCAGAGAGGCGUACAUUACCGCGAUUUGAACCUUGGAAAUAUCUUGCGAGAUAUCCUUACACAAGAGAGGUGUUUGUUGACGGACUUUGAUUUCGCCCGCAUUGGGAUGCAGCGGCGGGGAGGUCCUCAAAAGGGGGAUCUUCAGCCUUGGGAGACGAGCAAGGACGACUGCAUCUCUGGCAAUCCGAUCUUUAUGUCAAGCUUCGUUCAAGAAGGUGUAAAAAACAAAGACACCCUUGAAAGGCAUGAAAAGUUCUUGUUGCAAGCUAAGCAAGGCUUGGACCAGGCGAAGCGGCAGGAGGAAGAAAAGUUGCUGGAUGCCACGUCAAGUCUUCUCGACCGCGAUGCUGCUGCCCUAAGACGCCGCAAGGCCGAGAAGUCGGUCUCAAAAUGGGAAUCGAACGUCGAGCAAGCGAAGGCCAGGUUGACGCCGAACGCUCAUAGAUACAUUGACGAUUGCGAAACGGCGGUGUAUACACUCUUGUGGCUAGUCGCCGAUCACCAACGCAAGAAUGCCGGAAUACCUGUGCCUAGUUCACUUGAAAGGCUUGAUGAUCUGGACAUCAAAAAGGAGGUAUGGCAGGAGUCUCUAGAGGCAAUCACCAAAUCUAUCGCUUACAGUGUCGAGUGGAGCGAUCUGAUGGAGAACCUGAACCGGACAAUCCGCGAAGCUCAAGGCAAUGUGAAAAGAGAGGGUUCUUCUGCGGUCGUGCAACCUGUCGAAGAAGCCUGCUUCGACGAGUGCGACCGGAUCAUGAGAGACGCUGUCGCCAGUAUGGAGCGCAACAACGCCUUACCAGACGUCGAACUCCCUGUGACCCAGCCCAAAGCGACUCAUGAACACCAGCGCAACUUGGGUCUCCAAGAGACUGAUUCCGAACGCCUGGAUCUCACGCAAAUGGAUCCCCAAGAGUCUGAUCGCGAAGGGUCGGAUUCUGGACAGUUGGGUCUCCAGAACUUGGAUCUUCAAGAGCCGGGUAACGAAGAAUCGGAGCCUUUGAAUCCGCCUCAUCCAGAGAUCAAACUCAGGCGCGGCAGCAGGGAACGAAACCCCCCAGAUUGGUUUCAUCAUCGUUCGUAGCUCUGCUAUCUGGUAGCUUCCAGUCUGUACUCGCUACGCAGUCCGUGUCCGCCCGUAGAUGUCAGAACAAGCAUAUCGAAAUGAUUAUACCCCACGAGAG